GUCUCGCUUGGUAGUAUAUUUCCCAUCUUUGGAUUUCACCAGAUACAUUUAUUCCGUUACGUAUAUAUUACAUUAUCAAUAUAAGAUGAAAACGGCGCACGAACAGAGACUUUUAUUGUGGUGUGUGUUGACGUCAUAACGCUGCGCCAGUGUGUGCUGUGAUUCGGCUGAGCGGUUUGUGGAAUCGAUCCGUUCAGUUUUUAAGUCAUUUUAAAUCGAUUGAGAGCAUUUUUCUUUUUAAGAAAGCAUUGAAAAUUAUGGUAAAUUGCUGAAUGUAAUGUUUUACGUGAAUGGAGCUGCAUUAAUGACUGUACGAUGUGUAAAUCGCAUCUAAACGAGUCGCGGAAAGAUUUUUUUACAUUAUAUAUAUUUUUUAUUAUCAUUAUUUAAUUUUUAGUUAAUUAUUCUCGUCAUCAUAAACGUGGAAAAGUGUGCCAACAAAUAGAAAAACGUCAGGUGAAACGGCUGAGAUCGGUAUGACAUAAUAAUAUUAUAAACAUGGAGUUUAUUAAAGAAGAAAAUGAAGAAAUAGGGAUUUCAGAUCCAGUGAAAGAUGUGAAAGAUGAAGAUACCGAGGAGAAAAUAGACCCGAUGCCGGUGAAACAGGAAAGUCAAGAAAUAAACGAAGUGGAGGAGAAGCAUCACGGUUUCACAAGUGGGGAAGAAUCCUUUAGUUGCACGGAGAAAUCGUCCGAAAAGCAAAACAGAAGUCCGCAAGCGAGAUCUGAAAGUAGUUUCACGUGCUCUCAGUGUGGAAAGAGCUUCUUGCGUAAAGGACACCUUCUCGGCCACAUGAGGAUCCACACGGGAGAGAGCCCCUUCACCUGCCAGCACUGCGGGAAGCGUUUCAAUCAAAAAGGAAACCUUAAAAGCCACAUGAGGAUCCACACGGGUGAGAGCCCCUUCUCCUGCCAGCAGUGUGGGAAAAGUUUCACUCAGAAGGGAAACCUUAAAAGCCACAUGAGAUCUCACACCGGCGAGAGCCCUUUCAGCUGCAGAGUCUGCGGCAAGAGCUUCUCGCUGAAAGGAAACCUAAACAACCACAUGAAAAUCCAUUCUGGAGAGAAGCCGUUCGCGUGCCCUCAGUGUGGGAAGCGCUUCACGCAGAAGCAGUCUCUUACCUGCCACGCCAGGAUCCACUCGAGAGACGACCGCUUUAUAUGCCAUUACUGCGGCGUGAGCUUCACGGACAUGGAGCGUCUCGACAGACACGUGAUCUCUCACUCCGGAGACAAGCCCUUCAGGUGCCAGCAGUGUGGGAACCGCUUCAGACUCAAGAAGAACCUUAAGAGUCACAUGAAAGUCCACACCGGAGAAAAGCCCUACUCGUGCAAUCACUGCGGAAAGAGUUACGCUCAGAAAGGAAACCUUAACGUCCACGUUCGGCUGCACACCGGAGAGCGGCCCUUCGUCUGUCCUCAGUGCGGAAAGGGAUUCACGCAUAAAGGGAACCUGAAGAGUCACGUGAGACUGCACACUAGAGAGACGCCCUACACGUGCCGUCAGUGCGGAAAGAGCUUCACCUACCAGAGAGACCUGAGCGUUCAUCUCCACGUUCAUUCCCAGCUCGCUCUGCAGUGUUCGGAGUGCGGCAAGAGGUUCGCGGACAAGCUCCACUUCUUAAAUCACCUGCGCAGUCACCCCGGAGAAAGACUGUUUCCCUGCGGCCUCUGCAGCAGAAAGUUCCUUUAUCGCUCGCACUUGGAGAUACACAUGAAGAGCCACGCCGAGGAGAGGACUUAUCCGUGCUCUUUGUGCGGGAAGGAUUUCAAAUGGCUCGGCAAUCUGAUCUCACACCAGAAGAUGCACGCCGGGGCGAGCGUGUGCGCCGGAGAGAGACAGACGCCACGAAUCCAUCCCGACGAGUCGGACAGAGCAGAGACUGCUUCAGAACCCGGAGCGGCGCAGGCCGGAGAGAAGAUGCACAGCUGCUCUUCGUGUGGCUUGAGCUUCAGCACCAGGAUUUAUCUGCUGGCUCACGAGAAAAGACACGGCCUGAAGAAGCCAUAGCUCAUCUACGGCUGAAUGGGACUCAUCGAGGACGCAGCAGAUACGGAGGUUCUCCCAGAAAUCAGUUGAUGCAAGUUCUACAGAGAAGUUCUACUUUUUGUGUCCGAGCGGUGGCCCGAUGUUUAAAGGGAUGUUUUCUAUUAACUUUGGAUUAGCGUUUGUAUGACAUGAAUUGGGCAAGGUUAAGUAGCACAUCUUCUGCACGAUAGUGCUGGCAGGAACUAAAUGUCAAAAUAAAGGAAAAGUCGUGUCGUGACACUUCUCUCAGAGUUCAGCGUGGAGUUAUUCAUGACAGCGUCGCUGUGUUUGGUCUUGAGCAAAUAGAUCUGUCCCUUACUACUGUCAGGAGGACAAUAUUAAGAAAACAAAACAACUUGUUGGUUUAAUAGAGAGCAUGAGUCCAUUCCUUAAGUAAAAAAAUCCAUUAAUUUGAUUUAAUUUGGGGAAAACCCAUUUUAAUCAGUGACCAAUAAACCUCUAAAGACAGACUGCUGUGAGCUUUAUUGAUUGAUUGAUUGAUUGAUUGUUUACUAUUAAGUACCCAUACUGCUGCAACAAAUUUUAUACAUUUUAAAAAGUGCACCAAAUAACAUCUCACUCUCUCAUCGGUGGUCUCCCCACACUCUCAAAAUACUUCUAUAUAUUUGUGUAUUUUUCAAUAAAAUUAUUUUGCCACAAAUACCUUUAAAUAAAGAGUUAUAUAUUU